AUGGCGCAGACAGAGAAGACGUUCGAGUCAGUGAGGGACAGGGUGAUUGCCGAACAGUUCCUUAGUUGCUGUCACCCUAAGCUGGCCAUUUUUCUAAAAGAACGUAACGUGAACGCAGCGCAAGAAAUGGCAGAGCUAGCUGACCAGUACCUGGAAGCCCAGGGAAAAUGCAAUCUGGGUGCUAUGAAAGAUGGGGGUUGUACAACAGUGAGACCAGACGGCGAGAACAGUAAGGGUACUGGACAAACGGGAGGAACCCGAAGACCAUCGCCUAGAUGCUUUCUGUGCAGUAAGGUUGGGCAUAAGGCAACUGACUGUAGAAGCGGAUAUAGACAAAAUCAGGCAGGAGUACGAUGCUGGGAGUGCGGCAAAAUGGGACACAAAGCUGGGCAGUGCGCCAAUCACUCACAGAAGAAAGCAGCGUGUGUCCUGGAUAAAAGACAGAAGGCAUUGAAGAGGGACAACAAAGAACAGCAGGAAGCGAUAACAAAUACAAGAUUUGAACACGUUAAUGACGCUGACUUAGUACACAAUAUCGACAUAAUGAUGCCGGUGGUCGAAGGGAGGUUACAUGAUAUUAGGAUAUCAGUGCUGAGGGAUAGUGGAACCAACACAGUAGUAGUAAGAAAAAGGCUGGUACGAAGUGAGGAGUUCACAGGGACAUCCACUGGGGUUAUCCUGGUUGACGGAACCAUGAGGGUUAUGCCUGAAGCGAUAAUCAACAUAGAUACACCUUAUUACAUGGGGGAAGUACGUGCCAAAUGCGUAGAAGAACCACGGUAUGACCUCAUACUGGGUAACAUCCCAGGGGCUAGAAAAGUGGACUGCCCGGAUGCAGGGUGGGGCACAAGAGCAAAAAGAACGGUCAAAAGUGAAGAGAAACACUUGCCCCAGCUCAAGGCGCCGGUUAUAGAGCUGCUAGAAGUCACAGCUCUUCAAUUAACGGGGCAGCAAAAGUCGGAUGAGAGUCUGCAGAGGUGUUUUAGAAGUCUGAAUAAACGAGUGCGGAAAUGGAGAUGUGACGUAACAACGGAAUACGUCGUGAAGGAUGAUUUGUUGUUCUGUCGAGUCGAAUUCAGCGACGGGGACGUGAGACACCAACUCAUUGUGCCAACGGUAUUUAGAGAGACUGUAAUGAACUUGUCUCACGAUGGAAUAAUGUCGGGCCAUCAGGGGGUAAAGAGCACGGUCGCUAGGGUAGCGGAAGAAUUCUUUUGGCCUGGUAUGCAAGGUGACGUGAAACGUUACAUACGGUCUUGUGAUGUGUGCCAACGCACUAUACCAAAAGGCACCGUGAAAAAAGCCCCAAUGAUGAGUAUGCCCAUAAUUGAAGAACCCUUCCACCGGGUAGCGAUAGAUAUCAUUGGACCAAUAACCCCGAAGUCCAGCAAGGGAAACCGAUAUAUCUUGACAACGGUUGAUGUAGCCACGAGGUACCCGGACGCUGUGGCAUUGAAAACCAUUGAUACCCCGCAGGUGGCAGAAGCUCUAGUCGAGAUGUUCUCCCGGUACGGAGUACCUAAGGAGAUUUUGAGUGAUCGAGAGAGAUUUAAUGGUACCAUCAAGCAAAUGAUGAAGAGAAUGAGCCAAGAACGACCCACGGACUGGGAUAGGUAUAUCCCAGCACUCCUCUUUGCCUAUAGAAUAGUACCACAAGCUUCGCUAGGAUUCGCACCAUUUGAGAUGUUGUACGGGCGAAAUGUGAGAGGUCCUUUGACCAUCCUUAAGGAGCUGUGGUCCAAUAAAAGCUUAAACCAGGAGUUAAAAACAUCAUACGGAUACGUGAUCGAACUCAAGGACAAACUGAAGAAAACAUGUGAAGUGGCGCAUGAGAUCAUGGCGGAGGCGCAAACAAAACAGAAAAGGUUCUAUGACCGGAAAAGCCAGGCUCGAAGGUUCGAGCCAGGCGACAGAGUGCUCAUACUGCUACCCAGUGACCACAACAAACUAACCAUGCAGUGGAAGGGACCGUACGAAGUUGCGAGGCGAAAAGGCGAUUUAAACUACGAACUGCUGGUGGGCGACAAAAGAAAAACGUUUCACAUAAACAUGUUACAAAAAUACGUAGGUCGCGAAACUAAGAAUGAAAGUUGUGGGGUGAUGGUGGUCCAGGAUGAGGUUGAAGACUUAGGGGAGAUCACGACGCCCAGUUUAAAAAGGCAACAGGGUGCGCAGGAUGUGGUCAUCAAUCCUAAAUUAAGUCAAAAGCAAAAGAAAGAUCUUGCUGACGCGAUCGGGGAGUUUGAAGAUAUAUUCUCUGACGUACCGGGCAGAACAAAUGCAUUGCAAUGCAAACUUCGAUUGAUGACAGAAGAGCCGGUGUUUGUAAGGCAGUAUCCGUUGCCUUUUGCCAUCCAGGACGAGGUGGAAGAAGAAGUGGAAGAGAUGCUAAGAUUAGGCAUCAUCGAACGAUCCACGUCCGCCUACAACGCACCCAUAAUAAUGGGAUUCGUAGUUGAGACGGACCAUCAACUGCUAGAAUAUUUGAAUAAGACGAAACUCAACAACGCGUGGGUAAUGAGGUGGAGGUUAUCUCUGCAAGAGUUUACAUUUAGGAUUAAGUAUAUAAAAGGCAAAGACAAUAUCGGGGCGGACUACUUGAGCAGAGUUUGA